UACAAGAGAUCUUCCCAUUUUAUUACAUGUAGGAUUUGAAGGUGGCCUUGGAGCAGUUUGUAUUUCUCAACUUCACUGGGUUGUCAGAACAUCAUGGCUCAGAGGUUACUGAGGGGAUUGGUUUUAUUUCACAAAUUUUCUUUGCUGAAAAAGCCAGUGUAUUAUGGACUCAACAAGGCAGAUUUCAGCCUUCAGAGUAGGGAUGAACAGCUUGACUGUCUGGUUAAUGCAUUUCGUGACAUAGCAGGGUCCGAGAAUGUUUCCGUGGCAAUGGCAGUUCGAGAGCAGCAUGGGAAGGAUGAAUCAUUGCAUAGGUGCAAGCCUCCAGAUGUGGUUGUUUGGCCACAGAAUGUGGAACACGUGAGUCAGAUGGCCCAACUCUGCUAUGGUAAUGAUAUUCCAAUCAUUCCUUUUGGCGCUGGUACAGGAUUGGAGGGAGGUGUUGGUGCACCAAAGGGAGGUGUAUGCUUUGACCUCAUGAAAAUGGACAAGAUACUGAAUCUGAAUGGUGAAGACUUUGAUGUCACAGUUGAAGCUGGAGUAACGAGGAAGGCUCUCAACAACUACCUGCGUGAUACUGGCCUCUGGUUUCCUGUUGAUCCAGGUGCAGAUGCCUCAUUGUGUGGAAUGGCUGCUACAAGUGCUUCAGGGACAAAUGCUGUGCGCUAUGGGACUAUGCGGGAAAAUGUGAUCAAUCUGGAAGUGGUCCUGGCAGAUGGAAGGGUACUGCAGACAGCAGGAAAGGAUAGACGUACGAGGAAGACAUCUGCAGGCUAUAACCUGACUAACCUGUUUGUGGGCUCUGAAGGAACUCUGGGAAUUAUCACCAAGACAACUCUGCGUCUCUAUAGCAUCCCAGAAACCAUGGUGUCCGCUGUCUGUUCCUUUCCUUCAGUCCAGGCAGCAGUGGACAGUACUGUGCAGAUACUACAAAGUGGCAUUCCCAUUGCCAGGAUAGAAUUCCUUGAUGAUGUCAUGAUGAACGCAUGCAACAGGUUCAGUAAGCUGGAAUACCCUGUUUCCCCAACAUUGUUCCUGGAAUUCCAUGGCACCAGAUCUAGCUUGGAUGAGCAAGUCAGUGUAACAGAGGAAAUAACAAAGGGAAAUGGUGGCUCAGAGUACACGUGGGCCAUGGAUCCUGAAACUCGGAACAAGCUUUGGAGAGCACGACAUGAGUCAUGGUAUGCAGCACUGGCACUUCGACCUGGAUCCAUGGCAUACUGCACAGAUGUGUGUGUUCCAGUCUCCAGGCUACCAGAAGUUGUUCUUGAAACUAAGGAAGAUCUAAAUCGGUCUCGACUCAUAGGACCUAUAGCUGGCCAUGUUGGAGAUGGUAACUUUCACUGUAUGGUUCUUGUGAAUCCGAAUGAUCCAGAUGAACAACAAAGAGUGAAGGAGUUCUGUUAUCGUCUUGGCAGGAGGGCUUUGGCUAUGGACGGUACCUGCACAGGAGAGCAUGGAAUCGGGCUGGGGAAGAGGGCACUGCUUUUAGAAGAGUUUGGCAGCAUCGGUAUUGACGUGAUGAAACAAAUCAAACUUACACUUGACCCUAAAAACAUUAUGAACCCUGGAAAAGUUAUAUAAAGUGGUAGUGCAGAGGAGUAAUUAUUUAUGGAUAGCUGUUGUAAGGUCCACGUCUGAAGAUAGUUUGUUACAUUACUCCUGCAGUUGACAUACACAAGUAUAUGAGUUGUUGAAAUAUUUAUUUAUGGAUUAAAAGACAGUGUCAUAUGUCUGCAUUGCUCUACCAUCCCAUACCACUUGAUUUAUGUCAGAUAAUCACAGCUGCAGUAGUUUACUAACUUUAUGGUAUGCAGUGUGCCCGCUAUUACAUUUAAUGUUUAAGGAAUUACUUCAAUUUUUUUUUUUUACUCUUUAAUUUACAACAGUGAACAAACAUGGACUGCACUGUUUUACCCUUUUAAGUGGUUUAAAAAUGUUGAAAUUGCCAAAAAAAAAAAAUAUAUAUAUAUAUAUAUAUAUAUAUAUAUAUAUAUAUAUAUAUAUAUAUAUAUAUAUAUAAAUCUAGGUCAUAGGAAUUUAUUAUCUUAACAGUACAUCUGAAGUGGAUAAUUGAAUGACACAUCUGGAAAAUUGCAGAAAACACUACAAAUAUGCUUAGAUUUGAACUAGGGCCUAAAAAGAAGACUUUUUAAAGUGCAGUACAUUGAUCACCAAAAGCAAUUCUGUUGGGAAUAUCAAUUUGUAGAGGAUGCAAAUGUGUUUCUUUUCUGUAAGAUUUACAACUAUAGGAACUACAUGCCUGAUGCAUCUGUGAAUCAAAAAAAGAUCUCAUUAAAAUAGAAAUCAAAAUAAACAAACCAGAAAUUA